CUUCUCGCCCCCACUCCGCCCAUUCACCCACACGGCCCACACCCCUCCUCGCCCCCAGCUGCCCCCAGCCUGCAAGGGAAAGGAGAAAAAAAGGAGUCGACGACUUUGCCGGACGCAGCGGCGCAUCUCAUUGCCGUCGCGCCGCGUCGCAUCGGCAUGGCAGAGGAGGAGGACGGCGGCGGCGCGGCGGCGGCGGCUGGAUCGCCCAUCCUGGACCUGCCGGAGCCGCUGCUGCUGCACAUCCUGGGCUUCCUCACCGACGCGCGGUCGCGGCACCGCGCCACGCUGGCGUGCCACCGGCUCCUCGCCGCGGAGCGGGCGACGCGGUCCGCGCUGUCGCUGCGUGGGGACCCGCGGUCCGCGGCGUUCCUGCUCCUCUCGCCGGCGUUCUGCUUCCCCACGCUCGAGCACCUCGACCUCUCGCUUGUCUCACCGUGGGGGCACCCGUUCCUCUCCUCGGCCCCGGCCGAUGCCGCGGCGGCCGUGCCGUCGCACAACCCCGAGGAGGUCGCCGAGCAGAACGCCUUCAUCGCCGCGCGCCUCGCGCACCGCUUCCCGGCCGUGUCCUCGCUCGCCAUCUACAGCCGCGACCCAUCCACGCUCGACAGACUCACCUCGCACUGGCAGGGCAGCCUCCGCAGCGUCAAGCUCGUGCGCUGGCACCAGCGGCCCCCUGGCCUCGCCGGCGGCGCGGAUCUCGGGCCGCUGCUCCGAACCUGCCCCGCGCUCAGGGUGCUCGACCUCUCGGAGUUCUACUGCUGGACGGAGGACAUCAUGCCGGCGCUCGCGGCGCACCCUACCGCCGCGGCAGAGCUUACCGAGCUCGACCUCGGCCUCGCGGGCGCCACGGACGGGUUCCACUCCUCCGAGCUUGGGGCCAUCGCGGGGUGCUGCCCCAACCUCCGGAAGCUCGUGGCGCCCUGUGUGUUCAACCCCCGGUACGUUGACUUCGUCGGUGACGACGCGCUGCUCUCCAUCGCCGCCAGCUGCCCCAAGCUGACGGUCUUGCGGCUCCGCGAGCCGUUCGAGCCGGCGCCCAACGGCCAACGGGAGGACGCGGCCAUUACUGUGGCAGGUAUGAUCGCCUUCUUUGCUGCACUCCCAGGGCUGGAGGAUUUCACGCUGGACCUGCGGCAUAAUGUGCUGGAGGCAGCGCCGGCGAUGGAGGCCCUUGCUCGCAGAUGCCCACGGAUCAUGUUCUUGACGCUGGGAUGCUUCCAGGGGUUGUGCAAGGCAUCUUGGCUGCAUCUUGAUGGUGUUGCAGUGUGCGGUGCGCUGGAGUCACUCUGCGUGAAGAAUUGUCAGGAUCUCACGGACGCCAGCCUUGCGACAAUCGGUCGUGGGUGUGGGAGGCUUGCUAAGUUUGCCAUCCAUGGCUGCGAUCUCGUGACAUCAGCUGGGAUCAGGAGGCUAGUAACGGCGCUUCGGCCUACAAUCAAGGAAGUCAGUAUAUUGCACUGCCGGCUUUUGGACACAGCAGCAUGCCUCACUGCUCUAAGUCCAAUCCGUGAUCGCAUUGAGAGUCUUGAGAUCAACUGUGUCUGGAAGGAAGUUGAACAGCCUGACAGUGUGGCCAACGGCACGACCAGAUGUGAUCCUGACGAUGAUGUGCUGGGUGAAGUGUCAUAUGAGUCUGCAUUCAAGAAAUGUAGGUACAUGGAGUUGGAUGAUCUAGUCAGCUGGGAGAUGCUCCGUUCACUCUCCCUCUGGUUCCCUGCUGGUGAGCGGCUCUCCCCACUCAUUUCUGCUGGGCUUGAUAGCUGCCCUGUGCUAGAGGAGAUUUCAAUUACGGUGGAGGGUGAUUGCCGGACAUGUCCACCGCCUGCUUCACGAAUUUUUUUCGGCCUGAGUGACCUUGCAGGCUUCACAGUACUGGCUAAGAUGAAAUUGGAUCUGAGUGAGGCGGUGGGUUAUGCGCUUACCGCACCGGCCGGGCAGAUGGAUCUUUCUCCGUGGGAGCGAUUUUAUUUGCAAGGUAUCGAUUCACUGCAGACUUUGUAUGAGCUAGACUACUGGCCACCCCAAGACAAGCAAGUGAACCAGCGUAGUCUGACAUUGCCUGCUGUUGGAUUGCUCCAGCGCUGCAUUGGACUCAGGAAGCUCUUCGUCCACGGCACCACGCAUGAGCAUUUUCUGACCUUUUUCUUGAAGAUGCCAAAUUUGAGGGACAUGCAGUUACGGGAGGACUACUAUCCGGCACCAGAGAAUGAUAUGAUGAUCACAGAGAUGCGGGCUGAAUCUUGGCUCCGGUUUGAGAUGCAGCUGAACAACCGGCCAAUUGAUGAUUGAUGGUGGAUUUGGUGAACAGUGAGAGGAUCGUAUGAAUACAGAUGUGCCAAUUUGAGGUGGCACUGAACUGGGUGGAGUCGACUUGGCAUGGUGCUGAGCCAUGGAUGAGUUGCUUGUGAUUACGGAAGUAGCAGGGAUAGCUGGUGUACUGCUGUUGAGGAGAGUAGAAGACAAUGCUAUGACCAUGCGGCAACUAUCGGUGAUCUUCUCUAGUUGCAUUUUAUUUAUUUUCCUAAUGUAAUAAGAGAGUUGGUGCAGAAUUCAGAUAUUCGCAGGAGGUUAGAUGAUAAACUAGGCUUUGAGGAAAUUUUUCCUGGGAUGAUUUUGUUUUAGUUUUUGAGCUGAAUUGAGUUGAACACUGUCGAGAUAAAUUGGCAUUGUUCUUUUGAGUGUAACAUUUGUGCUCUGUUAAAAGAAUAAAAAAAUGUCAUUCACUUGUCUUUCUUA